UAUCGACAACAGUGGUAGUUACUUAGCAGAAUUAAACAUAUGGUUUUGCCAUUUCAUACUAACAUAUUCCAGGUUCAAUAGUUGGACAUAAAAUAAAGUCAUGAAGAGUAUCGUCAUCGUCUUCCUAUUGGUUGUCGCCCUCGUCUGGGGCCGGGAGCUUGCUCCCCUUCGUAAAGCGCCCAGGAAGGUAAACGACCGUCACAUCGUGGUGUUAGAGCGUCAUGUAAAUGUCGACGACUUCGCUCGUAACCUCGACGAUGCAGUCCUGUUUGAUCAGCACCCUCACGACGUCACCAAGCUGCGCACCGCCAUCAACGCCGUCAUCGUCGAUUUGAAAGACGACAUGGUUGACUGGGUUCGCUCUCUUGACGGUGUGAGAUUCGUUGAAGAGGACUACUUUACCCAGGUAGAGUCUGAGAACUGGGGAACCGACCGUGUUAACCAACGAGACCCCCCUCUCGAUAAUGACGACACAAUGCCCUCUGGUCUAGGGGGAAACAUCUUCAUUCUGGACACCGGGGUUCGAAUCACUCAUGAAGACUUCGAAGGAAGAGCUAUACAUGCUGCUAAAUUUGUGACAGGGGUGGACGCCGACUGCCACGGUCAUGGAACGCACUGUGCUGGAAUAGCAGCCGGAACAAAGUACGGUGUGGCAAAGAAGGCAAACGUACAUGCGGUCAAAGUUUGCGACUGCAUGGGUUACUGCUCCACUGAUUCUCUUGUACAAGGUGUCGAUUAUGUUGCUCAGAUGAAAACGGGAGGGAUGCAAAACGUAGUUGCCUCUCUGUCGCUCAGCCUCGACUCGUCUGCGUUCGGCGAGGCCGUCCAGAGGGCCAUCGACUACGGCGUCGUCGUGCUCACGUCGUCCGGCAAUGAUCGACGAGACGCAUGUCGACUGAUUCCAGGCAAUAUCCCCGAGGUCAUCACGGUUGGUAACACGCAACCAGACGAUUCCAUCCGACCAAGCUCCAACUUCGGAGAUUGUGUCGACAUCCUCGCCCCGGGAACCGACAUCGUCAGCUGUGGAAACGAUGAUGACACGGCAACUUCGACGAAAACCGGAACCAGCAUGGCCUGCCCUCACGUUGCAGGAGCUGCAGCCAUACUGAUGGCGGACCGCGGGGUCGCACCGCAAGAUGUUCGCAACACCUUGAUCGACGAAGCCUCGCCGGAUAAGAUCACAGGUCUCCGAGACGGAACGCCAAACAAACUCCUCUAUGUCCGCCCAAGCCUGAGCAUCCGGGAGAACUAGGAAUACUCAACAGUCCUUGGACCGUUAUUAGUGACGGAUCCACCAUGAGAAUAAAUAACUUCACAGGAAAUUAAAUUCGUAUAAAAUCACAUAAUCACAUAAGCUCUUCUAUGUUCGG